AUUCAUAGCCAAGAAGGAGAUGGAAGGAGCAAUGGGUCUUAAGUCCCUGUUUAUGCUCGUGGUUGUGUACUCAGAGUGGUCAGUCUUCGCAUAUAGUCAAGAACAGUAUUGUGUGACCCAAGAGCCUCGGGAUCCUAAGCUCAACGUCUGUACCAAACCACAAAGUGAGGAUGUCAGCAAAAAAAUAGAAGACGCUCUUGCGGGUAAGACAGACAUCGAAGAGUCAAUUGAGGAAAUUUCUGCGGAAAACUGGAACGUUGAAUUUGAGGAGCAAGAGUACUCCAAUCUCCUUACGGCGUGCUAUUAUGAACAACGUUAUGUAACAACUGUCAAGAAAGACGGAAAAGAAUGCUACGUUGUUAAACCGGAAAUCCAAAAGAUUCUAGUGGCAAAAUGUCUGAACAAAAAAUGUAAUAACCAGGGCUAUUACAAUCCAUCUGGCUAUGAAAGUAAUUGUUACAGAGAUGGCCUCAAACAAUUUAAACUUUGGAUAUACUGUGAGGAAGAAACCAGCAAUCUUAAGAUGAUUGAAAUUAAUUUGCCUCAAUAUUGCUCAUGUAAAUCUUUCAAGUAUUGUGGUGCACCAUAUGUAGAUAGACCAUCGAGUUAUGGUAGGCAUCGGUGUCAGUGUGAUUCAUGUAUCCAAGGUCCCCCGGGUCCUCCUGGAGAGAGAGGUCCCGGGGGUGAAACUGGAGAGCGCGGGCCUAGAGGUGAUCCAGGUAAUAAGGGGGAUGUUGGACCUCAAGGGCCGAAGGGUAAUGACGGUGCAGUGGGAAUGAAAGGGGAUCCCGGGAUGAAGGGGGAGAAAGGUGAUCAAGGACCUCCUGGACUGUCAGGUGUACCUGGAAAAGACGGUCGUAAAGGAGAUCCGGGUAUGAAAGGAGAACCGGGACCCCCAGGUUCCAAAGGGGAUCCAGGACCACCGGGACAAACAGGCCCAGCUGGACCUCCUGGACAACCAGGAAUGAAUGGUAUGCAUGGAAUGAAUGGAAUGAAUGGAAAUGGAGGAGGCUGUGGUAAUUGUGGAAAUGGGGGCGGCUGCGGUAAUUGUGGAAAUUGUAGUCCUGGAAGUCCUGGAGGCGGCAAUAGUCCUGGAGGUGGCAGUAGUCCUGGAGGCGGCAGUACUGAUGACGACUGUAAAAAUGGUAAUCCUGGAGAAGAUGGAAAUUGUGGCAAAGGAAAUGAUGAUGGAGACCCUGGAAACACGACAACAACUCAAGGAAGUACGGAAACUCCAAGUCCCACUCCCGCUCCCACUUCCACGACAACAACUAAAGGAAGUACGGAAACUCCAAUUCCCACUGCCACCUAAUCCAUGAAGUUCAGAAACUCCUAUUUCCUUUUCAACUUUCAGGCCCACUCCACCUUAAUGAAAUCCUGUUUUUACAAAGAUUACAUAUAUUUACUGAUAUAAUAUACCAAUUUAAUUUUGUUGCAAUUGUAAGAUACCUUGCAAGAAUA